UACAGUUUAUUAGCCGGCUAGCUCUCGUUAGCUUGUUGUUCAGAUGCUAUCCAUAAAGUUACAGUUAGCUAGAUAGUCAACUAAGUAGUUAGUGGUCUUGGUAGAUCGGCAGAAGAUCAAAUCUCCAGACCUAGCUUUGCUAUAGCGGUUACAUCGAUAUGGACGAGGUUAUUCGUAAACGUCUCCUUAUUGAUGGCGACGGGGCUGGAGACGACCGACGCAUUAAUGUUCUCCUCAAAAGCUUCACAAAAUGGUGCAACUCAACUGGUUCACCUGAGGAGGGAGUAAUCCAGUACCAGAGGAUGUUGGGCACCCUGUCACAAUGUGAAUUUUCAAUGGGGAAGACCCUGCUAGUAUAUGACAUGAAUCUCAAGGAAAUGGAAAAUUAUGAAAAGGACUACAAAGAUAUUGAGCAAAACAUAACAUCGGCCCAUGAAAAAAUAGCUGAGUGCAAAAAGGAAAUUCAGCGGGCUAAAAGAAUACGAAAAAAUCGACAAGAGUACGAUGCUUUAGCAAAGGUCAUUCAGCAGCAUCCAGACCGCCAUGAGACACUGAAGCAGCUUGAAGCACUCGACAAAGAACUUCAGCAGCUUUCACAGAUUAAAGAGAAUGUGGAAGAUAAGUUGGAGCUGCGGAAGAAGCAGUUCCAUGUCCUCCUCAGUACGAUCCAGGAACUACAGCAGACGCUGGAGAUUGAUGAAAAGUCAGAGAAUGACGAUACCCAUGAGAGCUCGAUGGAAAAUGGCGACUGACGCUGCUGGCUGUUGCUAACGCUAACUGAUCAUGUGUUUACUUGUGCGCGAUCACUGAAGUUCAUUCCUCCCCAGCCCGCCCAAGCCUUUAUAUUGAUCGUGCGCUCUUUUCUGUUUCAAUUUUUACAUGCUGUGAAAUGCAUUGUUAACAUUAAACUGUCUUGAAAAAGUUUCCAAACUUUUGAAUUCCU